AAUUGAUUUCAUUCAUUCCAAUAAACUCAAAAACACCAAUUUUUCGUGUGCCGCGAAGCAAAAAUCCCUAAUCUCUGUGAUGUGCCUACGAUAGAAAAGUGAUUUCUUGUGCGAGAAUAAAGUCUCAUCCAUCCCUGUUACAGUGAAGAUUCAUCCAACAUCCCAAGUUGUCCCUGGCAAAAAUUGAUGGAUGUUUUGAUUGGUGCUGGCACAGUAGGGCUAUUAUGCGAUGCAAUCAAGGGCAAGACGUCGAUACGGUGCUGACGAUACGGGUGAUUCAUUCGCUGUAAUAACGAUCGGUUCCGACGGACCUACCAAUAACAAUCAGCGCGUCGAAGACAUCCAGGAAAAACCGAAGUAUCCACAGCCAGCCUCGGCCACCAGCUGGUUACCAUCGAUAUCGUCACGAAUCUUUGCAUCCGUAGCGCCUGCACCACCGAACCCGGAACCUCGCAACGCUUGGCACGAGGUGCCUCCAAAGAAGGCUGCAGGCUUUUGGACGGGUGACCGAUCAAACGAGAUCGUCAACGACGACGACGACGACGACGGAGACAAUUCGAACGCUAAAGACAGCUUAAUACCGGAGUUCACAAUGACGGCACGGGACCGUUCCGGGGAGUUUGCGAGUGCAAUCCGCUCGCUGCAGGGUCGUAACAUACAGCGGGCAGUAAAUUUGAAGGAUCCCCGAAAAGCAAAACAUAUGCAGAGCUACUCGGAGUUUAUGAUGAUUGCCAAGCACAUUGGCAAAAACAUUGCCAGCACGUACACCAAACUGGAAAAGUUAACGCUGCUGGCGAAGAAAAAAACCCUGUUCGAUGAUCGGCCGGCCGAAAUUCAGGAGCUGACGUACAUCAUCAAGGGCGAUCUGAACUCGCUAAAUCAGCAAAUUGCCCGGCUACAGGAAGUCUCGAAAUCGCAACGUCGAUCCACGAACGGCAAACAUUUGCUUUCACAUUCCUCCAAUAUGGUUGUCGCGCUGCAGGCAAAGCUGGCGAACAUGAGUUCCGACUUCAAGCAGGUGCUGGAAGUGCGGACGGAAAACUUAAAGCAACAGAAAACACGACGCGAUCAGUUCAGCCAAGGUCCCAUGGCGGGUGGAUUGCCUCCAUCGACGAUGCGAGGUUCAACGCAAGGCAGUUUGCUGCUGCAGGAACAGCAGGAUCAGGUCUGUAUCGAUAUGGGUGGUGCAUCAGCGGCCGGUGGUGGUUCCAGCUCCGACCGGACACCUCUGCUACAGCAGCAGCAACAGCUCGUACUGUACGACGAAUCCGACAGCUACGUCCAGGAACGAGCCGAAACGAUGCAAAACAUCGAAAGCACGAUCGUGGAGCUGGGUGGCAUCUUCCAGCAGCUUGCCCACAUGGUGAAGGAGCAGGAAGAGAUGGUGGAGCGCAUCGAUAGCAAUCUGCAGGACGUCGAGCUAAACGUGGAGGCGGCUCACGGGGAAAUUCUCAAGUACUUCCAAUCCGUCACCAAGAACCGCUGGCUAAUGAUCAAGAUCUUUGGCGUGCUGAUAAUGUUUUUCAUCUUUUUCGUCAUCUUCCUGGCGUAGGGUUCGCGGUGUUUGGGUUGAUAUGAACCGUUUUGUCCCAUCCCUGUCGUCAGCUUUCCCCUGUUGUUUAUCGAUGUAAAGUAGCUACGUUUUCUUCACGGUGUUAUAACAAAUUUAAUUCUUUUCACGGCGACAAACAAAUCGGGAGCUUUUGUAGUACAUGUUUUACCUUUAUUUUUCGCAAAUUUUACCGAUUUUAUUGCUUUUUCUGCUUUUUGCAAACCAAAAAAAAAAAAGAGAAGCAAAUGGCUCACAUGUGGAGGUGAAUGGAACAUACGGAUCUGCUAUUGAGGGAAUGGGUGGAGAUUGGGAAGAAGGUUGAAGAUUGUGUAUUAGUAAAUCAAUUGUUUGUAUAUAACACGGAACACAGACCAUGUAAUACGUUGUCCUACGGGAGCAAAAAAUAAAUGCAUAUAUUAAUUUUAAAACAUAAAAGUUUACCAAUAUAACCCGCAGCGGCGGAUCAAACGGUAGGCGGAGUAGGCGGUCGCCUAGGGCCUCGCCGUGU